CCAAGAUGGUGAAAAUCUUCUUCCUUGUCGUCCUGCUCUUCGUAGCUGUGGCUGCUGUCAUGGCUGCACCCGUUGGUAAUUGAAAAAUUUUAAUUAGUCGGAUGCGUGCCGACAGACAAAGAAGAGUGACCUGUGAUCUUCUAUCCUUCGGAGGAUACGUUGGCGACAGUGCUUGCGCUGCCAAUUGUCUCUCGAUGGGCAAAGCCGGUGGUAGCUGCCAAAACAGUAUCUGCGUCUGCCGCAAGAAAACCUUCAAAGAUCUCUGGGACGAGCGAUUCGGUUGAACGCAAUCCUUCGCGUGAACACCGAGGCCCGAUGGAAUUUUCUGCGUGACAAAGACUGUCGAGAAUCUUCGAGGAACGUCGAAAUACACUGAGGAAUAUAUGUGGUACAACAAUGGAUCGUCGGGCCUCGAACAUUCUAUGGAUCUUGGAAUUCCAUCGUAUUUUACGAUACGGCAUUGUAUUAUAUUUCGUGUAUGUUUAAGUUCAAAAUAAACGUGGUCCAAAAUUUUA